AUGGCUGAUUAUGAUCUCAUACCUUGCUAUGAUGACGAUGAACUUUUUCAAGAGAGAAACGAAAACGUCACAGACCUACACGCAUACUACAUGUCUCAGUUUAACUUAGAACUAGAAAACGGUAAGACUAAACAGAAGAAUGAUAGUUUUAAAUAUGGCGUCGAGGAAAGCUUCGAUUUCGAAGUAUUAAAUAAUUGGAAUAGCACAGAUAAUAAUAAAACUGACUUAGAAAUAGUAGGUGACGUAAUAGAGAGUAAUAUAACUGAUCAAAAUAUCAAGGAGGUUUUAUUAGAUUUAGAUAGUAUAGAAUUCGAUGAUGGCAGUUUUAAAUCUGAUUCCGGUGACGACAGUAAAAAUGUUAAUUCUAAUUAUGAACUGAAUAACGAUUAUAUCGAUGAUGAAUCAUUGAUUGACGAACUAUGUAGAGAGGAUGGGGAAUCGUGUCGGUUAACGCCAGAUGCAUUUAACGAUGAUUAUUUAAAGACAAGUAAUGAUAAUUUAUUGCCAUCAAUUGAGACUGCAUUUGCAAAACGUUAUUGCUAUAAUAAUUCAGAUAAUGUUGAUGAAUACAAUUUACAACAAAAUGUUUAUGACGAGAACACAACACAGACUGCAAUUAAUAAUACACAAGUUAUAAGCAGCUUAGAACAUUACAGUUACCCAAAUAACAUACUGUAUAAUUUGGAUAGUGAAAAGAAAUAUAUUUUACCUGAUACACCAACAAGUUGUACGGAGUUCAACUUUGAUAGAAAUAUCAGGAAAAUUUCUAUAUCAGAUUCUAUAGAGAGUGAUGUGCAAAGUGCAGGAUACUAUGACGAAAACUCUGAAAAUUUUGACGAAGAUGAACUUUUUAUAAAUUUAGAUGAUUUCGGUUUGACAUUUGAAAGAGACGAAACUACCAAUUUCGAAAAUAAGGGAGUCAAUGAAAAUGAGAGAAGAUCAGAGAAGGAAAAAGUACAAGGUGAAAGGGAAUGUUUAUGGGAGCACUGUUUUGAAAGAUAUCCGAAUCAAAACACACUCGUCGAACACAUUGAAAGAGCCCACGUUAACACUUACAAAGGUGACGAAUUUAGCUGCCUGUGGCGAGACUGCGCACGUGCAAGGCGUCCCUUCAACGCGCGCUAUAAGUUACUCAUACACAUGCGCGUGCACUCCGGACAUAAACCGAAUCGAUGUCAUCAUCCUGGCUGUGGCAAGGCUUUUUCCCGUUUGGAGAACCUAAAGAUUCACGUCCGCUCCCACACUGGCGAGCGUCCGUACGCCUGCCCCGCGCCGCACUGUAGAAAAGCCUUCUCCAACUCGUCUGAUAGGGCAAAGCAUCAACGGACGCAUUUUAACGCUAGACCCUACGCCUGUGGUGCGGCUGGUUGUGGUAAGCGCUACACCGACCCAUCAUCGUUGAGGAAGCACGUAAAAUCACAUCCCCACAUCACUCAAGUUCCCCGCGCAUCCGCACCGCCACCCAGACCAAUCAGACGGACGGAGGAACAGCUAGUACCAAGUUCACCAGCUAAGUUGACAACAUUGAGAUGUAUUAGAGAUAAGCUAACUGUACCAAAGUUACAAAAGUUGUAG